AGAGUACUAGUUUAGUUCACAGCGAUAGCUAUUCACGCCGCAUGUUCACUUCGCUACAGAGAAAAGAUCUAUCAUAUAAUUUUUUAUCAUUUCAAAACUUUUUCCAAAAUGCAACACGGAAAUCCAGUGGAUAAAAGCGACUUUGUGUUGUCAAAUGAACAACGAAUCGAAGAAUUGAACAUUGCUGCGGCUUUCGCAAAAUUGCCAAAAGGGCAAAAGUUGUACGCUCAUUACUAUAGCCAGGCAUCUCGAUAUAUGGGUAUGGUGGCAUUGUUUCAAUGCAGCCCGGAAGCACCGUUGAUUCAUUCAUUGUUUCAUCGCAUCUUUAGAGUACAAGCCGUUGAAGACCUAAGGGCUGCUGCAUUUAAAGCUGGCGUUAGUAAUGAUGACUUUGAGGCAUUUUUGGUUUAUGUAGUCGGUUUCUUUGCAAAUAACGGCAACUACAAAGGUAUGGGUGAUACCAAAUUCGUUCCAAAUCUCGAUGUGAGUCAAUUCAAGUUGAUUAUCAAAACGAGUCAAGCGUUCAAAAAAGAUCACAUGGUCUCAGAUUUGUGGGAUAGGUGUAAAAAACCAAUUUUCUACUUGACCGAACGCACCAAGUCUAUUGGUCUUGCUAACGAAGGGAUCACCACAUAUUUUUCCGAGAAUUGUACAAAAUUGGAUUCGGAUCGUAUCACAGAUUUUCUACAAGCGAAGAAUAUAAUCCCUUACAAUACCCGCGCAUUUAAAAUCGAAGAUAAAGGCAAAGUUACAUAUCACAUUAAAUUGGGAGCGUUCAAAAAAGCAGAAAAUAUGGCGGAAGUAUAUAAGGGCAACACAUUCAUCGUUUCACGCGGUGAUUAUAGUCCGUUAUUAGAACUGGUCAACAAGAAUUUGGCUAAAGCAAAAGACUAUGCCCAAAAUGUUCAAUUAAGAGUGGUUGGACAUUACAUAGAUCAUUUUCGCCACGGUAAAAUUGGGAGUCACAAAGAAGCUACCACAUUUUGGUUGGAAGAUUCAGAAAAGCCUGUCGAAACAUAUUUGGGAUAUAUUGCACCAUAUCGUGAUCCAGCAGGCAUUCGUGCUGAAUAUAAUGGUCUGGUGGCGAUGUCGAACUCCGAUAAAUCGGAAAAACUAUCCAAAUUGGCUAAUAAUGCUAAGCAUUUCCUUCAAACAUUGCCAUGGCCCGCACAGUUUGAAAAGGACACAUUUAUUAAUCCAGAUUUUGCAGUAGUUGAUGUAUUGACAUUCGAUGGCUCCGUCGUUCCAUCGGGGCUCAGUAUCCCGCCUUAUGAAGAUAUUCGUCAAAAUUACGGAUUCAAAAAUCUGUCGCUGGAUAAUGUCCUCACUGCCAAUAUAUAUAGACCUGAAGAUGAAAUUCAAUUUUUGUCCGAUGAAGAUCAAGAUUUGAUGAAAGCUUAUCAACUUAUUGCACAAGAGGUUCACGUUUGUUUACAUGAGGUGCUGGGCCAUGGAAGUGGAAAAUUGUUAAUCGCCGAUGAAGAUGGAAAGCUCAACUUCGACGUGUUCCUCACUCAAAAUCCAUUAAACCACGAACUGAUAAAAACAUGGUACGAGAAGGGUGAAACAUUUGUUAUGAAAUUUGGUUCGAUUAGCUCUCCUUACGAGGAGUGUCGAUCUGAAGCAGUUGCUUUGCACCUCAGUUUAUAUCGGAACGUCUUGAGCAUUUUUGACAUAACUGAGGAUGAUGAGGUUGACAACGUUACUUAUGUAAUUUGGUUGCGUAUGGUGUGGAUGGGUUUGACGGCUUUAGAAUUCUAUGAUCCGACGAAUCAGAAAUGGUUACAAGCCCAUAGUCAAGCACGUUAUGUUCUGUUGCAAGUACUUAUGGAGGCCGGCAAUGAUUUCGUUCGCAUCAAAGAAACAGAAGAUGGAAGGAACUUGCGGAUCACGGUUGAUCGCACAAAAAUCAAAUCAACUGGUCGCCGGGCUAUUCAUGAUUUUCUUUUGAAACUACAAAUAUACAAGUCAACGGCUGACGUCGUCCAUGGAACCGCUAUGUUCAAUGAUUACGCGAAAGUGACUAAUGAUAGCGAACCGUAUACAUGGGAAAAUUGGCGUGAAAUCGUAAUGGCACACAAAAAACCAAAAACCAUUCUUCUUCAAUCCAACACCGAACUAAAAGGUAAUGAAAUGGGUGGUGAAAUGGGUGGUGAGGUGAUAUUGAAAUCAUACGAGCCCACAUUGACUGGUUUUAUUGAGUCAUGCGUUGAUCGCUUUCGUUCCGACGACAAAAUAUUGCAGAUUAUUGAAGAACUUUGGAUAGAUUACAGAGAUUAUUGGCCAACUUUAACCAGAUUAAAUUAAGACUUCCAUCAUUUUGAAAAUAGAAACAUGAAAAUAUUCGAGAGAAGAGCGAAAAUCAAAUUUACAAUCGAUAUCAAUCUGAAAUCAUUAAUGAAACUAUAUGUUUGCAAAAUAUUUGGGAUUUUAUAUCGUUCGUGUUAUUUUAUGAAGGUUUAGAGCAUGAAUCGAUCGAUCACAAAAUAUUUUGUAUUUCGUUUAAUUUGAAAAAAAAAAAAAAAAUUCUUUUUAUCACUUUUUUAAUUUUAUCUUUAAGUCGAAAUUUCUUAUAAAAAUGGCAUGUAAAAUUUCAGCAAAAUAAUAAUAAUUGUUAAUCUCAACCCGUAA